AUGCUCUCAAAAUUUGGCGUUUAUUUGGUGAAACUUUGCCGUGAAUGUCUCAAGAGGCAGGAACCGGUCUUGGCAGACACCAAUAUCUACAUGCUUCAGAUCCUGAGCAUAAACUCUGAGGUGCUGUCCUACCUCCAGAUGUUUGAGGAAGCUGCCGAGAACGCCAAGAAAAUGGUGGAUGGUUAUUUGAAAAUAUACCAUCCAAACAAUGCCCAGCUUGGGAUGGCCAUAAUGAGGGCUGGGGUCACACAUUGGCAUGCUGGACUCAUUGAAGUUGGCCAUGGGAUGAUCUGCAAGGCUUUUGCUAUCCUCCUUAUUACUCAUGGACCCUCUCACCCUAUUACCAAAGAUCUGGAGGCGAUGCGUGGUCAGACAGAAAUGGAGCUGAGGAUGUUCCGGGAGAAUGAAUAUGUCUAUUACAAGAUGAGAGAAGCCGCUCUCUCCAACAAACCCUUUCAGGUUAUGGAAGAGCCAGCAAAUGAGGCUCCACCAGCCAUCUUCAAUAAGAAACCAUAGGCAGACAUGACCCCUCCAUUCUUCUGAUCCUUCCAUCCCUGACCAGUGUCCA